UCGCGCGGGAUCGUCGCCUGCGGAAAACUGGGCGCAAAAAAAAAAAAACGGCCGCCAUUUUUUCAGCCGCGCUUUUUUUUGACAGCGCUCAUCAAUAACGUAAUAGUGAUACGGUUUUUUUGACUGGUUCUAGUGAUGUGCGUGUUUGUUUUGGUGCAAGAUCGCUUUGAACAUGAAAUUAAGAGUCCAGCUAUGAUACAACCCGCACAGAUAAUGAACAGUGACGAGUGCUAUACAUAAAGACGAAAUGAUCUGCUACGGAAUAGUAAUUUUAAAUUAAUAUAUAACAUCAACUUAAUACAAGUUACAUAAUUGUACUCGUAAAAUGACUUAAAACUUGUCAUAUAUAAAAUAACCUUUUGGUUAAGUGAAAAGUGUACAGUGACAUAGUUCAAAGUGUUGUGUUUAAAAUUAUGUAUUUAUGAGCGACUGUUACGACGCGAGCUGCGGUAUGUACACCACGUGGUACAGCCGUGGUGAGGGGGGUAUGCACCACCACCAGAUGGGUCAGCUGUACCACGGGGCCCCCAUGAUCAAGACUGAGGCUGGGGUCAACAGCGACUGCAUGAUGGCUGUAGAUUACGCACCCCCCAUAAAGGCUGGCGCUUCAUCAGCGUUCGUGUGGAGUGGCGGGGGGGUGACCGGGGGAGGGGGCCAGGAACAGCCAGCACCGCAGCCCGCCGCCGUGCCUACUGGAACGUCAGGCGGCGGCGGGGCGCAGGGCCUCGUUCACUGGAUGUCGGUGAUGGCUGAGCAUAUGGGAGGUGGUCACCACGACUCCCAUUAUGCGCUUCCACCAUGGAACAACGGCAGUGUCGAUCAUUGCCAACAAAAAGAUCUGGAUUAUGGAGCGUGGUCGCGCCCACGUGGCGCUAUGGCCAUCAAACAGGGCUACGAGGCCAAGAUGAGCACUGGGGACGGUACGGUCCAUCAGAAGACAGACGACAGGCUCGGUCACCACCAGUCCAUGAGCCAGAUGCUGUAUGGAGCUGGUCUCGGACCAGGUCGGUCGGGAUCAUCCUCCUCAUCACCGGUGGGUGGUAACAAUACUGGCAGUGGAUUGCUGGUGGUGCCUCAACCACUCGGCAAGGGUCCAACCAAGUUACAGCCUCUACAUUCACACGCCAGGAAAUAUCACUGCAAGAUGUGUCCACAGGUGUUCGGCUCCAAAGCGGAUCUACAGCUGCACACACAGAUUCAUCUCCGCGAAGCGAAGCCUUACCGAUGCACGCAGUGCCCGAAGGCUUUUGCAAACUCGUCGUAUCUGGCGCAACACUCCCGCAUCCACUUAGGUAUCAAACCUUAUCGCUGCGAGAUCUGCCAGCGUAAAUUCACGCAGCUGUCUCAUCUUCAGCAACACAUCCGCACCCACACCGGCGACAAACCCUAUCGAUGCACUCAGAUCGGAUGCACUAAAGCCUUCUCCCAACUCUCUAACCUCCAAAGCCACAGUCGCUGUCACCAAACAGACAAACCGUUCAAAUGUAAUUCCUGUUACAAGUGUUUCACACACGAGAAAGACCUGCUGGAACACAUUCCUAAACAUAAGGAGUCGAAGCAUCUCAAGACGCACAUAUGCCAAUACUGUGGCAAAAGUUACACUCAAGAGACAUACUUAAGUAAACAUAUGAACAAGCACGCGGAGAGAGCAGACAAGCGGCCGCCGAUAUCUGCAUUAGGUCUGAGCGGUCUAAACAGGUCCCUGGCGGCGGCCGCCCCCACUGCCGCUCCAUUUGCUGACCACCCAUACUGGCCGAUCAGCCCGGACUCAGCGGCACACAUGUCGGAUGAGGGAGGCUAUCACCAACAGAGAGAAAGCGACGAGCAUCACGAACAACAGUUACAACAACAAAGGGCAUUGUUCGCUCAGCACGAGAGCCAAGAAGACCGCAUCCAGCCUCCAGUGUCAUCAGCUGCGAAUUCCGCCUUCACACCGAUCAACUCGAUGGCCCCUCACUUAAACGGACUGUCCCAUCACAGUGCGCUGCCCACGAGACCUUAUCUGUACGACCCGCUCCACUUCCAACAAGGGAAGCAGCAGCCGAACUCGUUUCCCAAUCAGCUGAUCUCCCUCCAUCAGAUCAGGAACUACGCCCACCAACCUUCCCUGCUGCCCGCGGAACACAUCCUCCCCCAUACUUUAGCUCACAAAGACAAACAGUAACCCCUUUGCCGUUAUGUAGGUGCACUUAAACUAGAACUAAUGAUGGUAUUAUUAGUAUAUAAAAAAAAUAACAAAAAUUAUUAAAAAAUGUUUAGAGUCUCGCUCCCGAACAGUGGUGUGUAUCGAAUACGAAAUUCGUUUUGACAUUAGUGAUGCGAAAUUCACGUUUCCUUUUUUUAGAACUUAUAUCGAUAUUGUGUAUAAAUAUUCUGAAUUACGCGAGUAGACGUUAUUGUAACUAUUAUACUGGGUAUGAAAUGUGAUUUCGAUUAUUAUGUAAAUUGUUUUUUUUUUUUUAAACUAUCGAUUAGUUUUCAUGAAAGCACAGUUACCAGACGAUAAUAUUUGGUUGUAUUUACUUUAUUGUGAAAUUUAUGAUCUUCUAGAGAUUAAUUAUUUGUUACGUUAAGUUUACGUCAGCGGUGAGAUCUGAUGCCUUUAAGAAAACUAAUCUUUACAAUCGGUGUGUGGAAGCAAUAAUCUGAUUAUCACUCUAUAUUAUAUAAGAGUAUUGUUUACAUGCAUGAUAGAGGAAAGCUUUACACGUACAUGUAACUCCACCGAGCGUUAUAUGUUCUGUGAGAACAAUCACAUUUUAACCUGUACCUAGUUAUGAGUCUAAAAGUACUGAAAUUUAAAAAAAUAUAUAUAUAAUUCAAAAACGAUAUAUAAAUUUUUAAAACAGGUUUUAUGAUCGCGCAAUAAACAAUAGUAUAUACAAGAGUUUUGUUGUCAAAUAGCUAUCUAUAUUUAAUAAAAUAGAGUUCCUGAUCGAUACAUUAGUGAUGUAACAAUAUCGAUGAAAUACAAAUCCCAUUUGAAAUCACUAUAUAUCCGUUGCAUUUUUUCAUCGUUUUCUUUGAGAUCUCUUGAACCAUCACAUUUGCACUCAGUUCCUACUUAGAUCGAAUAAAAAUUUUCUUAGAUUUAAUUUCUCUAUUUUACGCUACUGUUAGUUAUCCAUGGACAUAUAGAAAAUGUGGUCUUCCUUCAGAUUAGUUUGUGAUUAAUACAUGUAUAUGUAUGUAUGUAUGUAUGUAUGUAAACGACAUAGUGAACUAGGAGUUACUUGCAGAUAAGGUUGUGAUGCGAUUAUCCGUCUCUAACACAAUCGGUCAAAGAUCUUUCAUUUCAAUAGCAUAUAGUUAUGAACUUAUUUUAUUUUAAUAUCACAUACACGUCUUAUUUCAGAAGGCUGAAUACAUUUUCUACGUGAAUUUCAUAUUUUUUUUUUUUUAUAAUGACGUGGCCAAAUCGCUUUUUUCAAAUUCCAUCGAUGGAAACGCACUCAUGUAAAUAUUUUGUAAAUAAUCUUACACAUUUUUGAGGAAAUUUAAAAAUUUAUUCAACUUUUUUUUUUGUUUCCUUUUAAGUCUUACAUGCUUAUGCUCAAUUUUAGACUUAAGGUCGUACAGUUUUGGACACAUCUCAGUUAAACUCCUGCGACGCUCGAGUCAUGUCCUGUAUACAUGGGCCGUGUAAAAUGUUGUAAAUGUACUUAACAGCUGAACAUUUUUAUCGGUAUAAUUUUAUCGGACAAUCGGCUCACAUCACUAUUCCAGAUUAAAGCAAUAUGAUUGCUAUAUUAUCGUACUUAAUAUUGUAAUGCCUGAAAAAUUUAACAUAAAACCAAUUUUCUCAUAGAAUACUAUGAAAUCUAGUUUAAUUUUUAUCGUAUACGAAUUCGUUUUAUUUCUGAUUUACGUUAAAAAUGUGAUAGGUGGAUGUGUCGGGUGUAAUAAAGUGUCUCAAUGAUAUUGUUAGGUUGUGGUUACGUUGACUCGGUCCCUUGGGGACCUGAACGCCGUCUGUCACUAUUAGCCAAAUGCUAAUUUUAAGUUCUUGUACAAAACAUUGUUUUUAUUAUAAUCUACGGGCAAUAUUUUAUCUCUUCCGAUAACUUAGUGAUUAUUGUAGUUGGACACGGCCGAGAACUUGUAUUUUUUUUUGUUUGUUUUAAUUCUCAUUUAUAAGGGAUUAAAAGAUCGCCAAUAUCUCUCUAUUGUAAGUAGAAAUGUGAUAUUGUAAUGGUUUUUCUUUAGUUAAGUGUAAACUUAUUAUAAUCAUGGAAUAUAUUUUUGUAAUUAAUUUCAAUUUUUUUUUUUUUAAAUAGUCUCGCUUCAUCUAGCGGUCCCGUUUAUGAUAGACGAAAGUUGAAGGAAUCUUUUUUUUUGUUACUUAAAAUCGAUUAAAAAUUAAUUACAACUAUGCCAAGAA